AUGUCCAGCGGGGGCGGUGAUGCUACACUUUUUGAGGAGAGUUUCACGGUGACCGACUAUGACCAAUCCAAGUAUGAUCGGGUUGCUCGUAUAUCGUGCACAUCAGCCGACUCGCAAACGGUAAUGGUGCUGGAUAUCAACAUGGAGCUCUUUCCCUGUGCCGUGUCCGAUUCCCUACAUGUUGUCCUCUCCACAACCUUAUCUCCGGAUGGUAGUAAGGAGGAUGAUAAGGGCUGGCGAGAUGUUGGCAAGGGAGGAGAUGCACCAUCCACGAUGGCGGACUUGUAUGACUAUGUUUGUUAUGGCAAAAUCUACAAAUUUGAAGAAACAUAUGAUGGCAACACAAUCAAUGCAUACGUCUCCUUCGGCGGCCUUCUCAUGUCGCUGCAGGGUCCUAUUAAGAAGCUCACCCCUCUACGUGUCGACAACGUUUAUCUCCUCAUAAAGAAAUAA